AUGGGGUUUACUAGUACUUUCAAUGUGCCUAGUGUUGGAAAAAGUGGAGGCUUGGUCUUGGCUUGGAAAAAGGAAAUCACUCUAAACAUUUUAUCUUCCAACAUGAGUGGAAUAUAUGUCACAUCCAAUGAUAUUAUCCAUUCUAAACUCUGUCAUGUGCAUUUCAUUUAUGGGGAACCUAAUAGUAGUCUUAAAAAUGCUUUCUGGGAUAGUCUUAGCCAAAUACCACUCAUAGAUCCUAUGGAACCUGACUUCUUUGUGGGAGACUUCAAUGCCCUCCUUAGUACUGAAGAUAAAAAUGGGGGCUUAGAGGUUGAUGAUUCUGACUUUCAUAAUUUGAGGAAUUUUUGUAAUGUUAUUGAUUUGCAUGAUCCUGGAUAUUCUGGUCCUAGAUUUACUUGGUAUAAUAUAGAUUCCUCAGAUCAUUGUCCUAUACAUAUUGGUUUCAACUUUGAGGAUAAUUUUUUGCCAAGACCUUUUCACUUUAUGGCCAUGUGGAUUGAGGAUCCUACCUGUAGAGAUAUAAUUGCUAACUCUUGGUCUGUCAAUGUGGUGGGAUCUCCUGCCUAUAAGCUUAAGGCUAAACUUUUGAAUACUAAGAAAGGCCUUCGUGAUUGGAAUAAAUCCUCCUUUGACUAUUUUAAAACCCUUUACUCCUCACACCCACAACAGUUUCAGGAUGAGAUUCUUCAAGAUCUUUCUGUUAAAUUUUCAGAUACUGAAAACUCUCAUCUAAAUACUCCUUUAACUGCUGAGGAGAUUAAAAAUGUUGUUUUCCAAAUGGGGGGUAAAAAAGCCCCUGGCCCUGAUGGUUUUACUGGCCUGUUUUACCAAAACCAUUGGGAUAUUUUUGGUGAAGCUAUUGAAGCCUUUUAUGACAAUAUUAUUUCCAAAAAUCAAAGUGCCUUUGUUCCUAAGAGGAGUAUUUCUGAUAAUAUUCUUCUAGUUAAUGAGGCUAUAUAUGUUGUUAAUCAUUAUGUUAAAACUGAAGGCAUUGUUGCCAUAAAACUUGACAUGUCUAAAGCUUAUGAUAAACUGGAGAGACUAUCAAAGAGUACCUUCAGAAGUACUGUUUUGCCUCUGGACGAGAAAUCAAUUUUUGAUAAGUCUGGAAUUCUACCUAGUAAAACAAUUCCUGAGCCUUUAAAGAACCAUCUUUCUGAUAUUUUGGAGAUAAAAGAUAGGGACUUAGGAGAAAAAUAUCUGGGCACCCCUACUGCUUUUCAAGCCUCUAAAAUCCAAACUCACAUGGGGAUUCUUCAAGCUAUUGAUGCCAGAAUCUCUAUUUGGCUUCAUAAGCUUCUGUCUCAGGCUGCUAGAACUACUCUUAUUAAGCAAAUUGGGCAGACUAUUCCCAUUUACCAAAAAGGGGCUUUCCUAAUCCCUAAAUAUCUGUGCAGAAAAAUGGACUCCCAUCUCUGCAAGUUCUGGUGA